AUGCUGGUGCACACUUACUCCGCCAUGGAGCGCCCCGACGGGCUGGGCGCAGCGGCUGGCGCGGCCCGCCUGUCGUCUCUGCCCCAGGCGGCCUACGGGCCGGCGCCACCGCUCUGCCACACGCCGGCCGCCGCCGACUUCCAACCACCCUACUUCCCGCCGCCCUACCCGCAGCCGCCACUGCCCUACGGCCAGGCGCCCGACGCCGCUGCCGCCUUCCCGCACCUGGCCGCGGACCCCUACGGCGGCGGCCUGGCGCCUCUGGGACAGCCGCAGCCUCCACAGGCCGCCUGGGCCGCGCCCCGCGCCGCCGCCCGCGCCCAUGACGAGCCACCCAGUCUGCUGGCGCCGCCCGCCCGCGCCCUGGGCCUCGACCCACGCCGCGACUACGCCGCCGCGGUUCCCCGGCUCCUGCACGGCCUAGCCGACGGCGCGCACGGCCUGGCAGAUGCACCCCUCGGCCUCCCUGGGCUGGCGGCGCCGCCUGGCCUAGACGACCUGCAGGCCAUGGAUGAUACGGGAAUGAGUCUUCUGGACCAGUCCGUAAUCAAGAAAGUCCCCAUCCCCUCCAAAGCCAGCAGCCUCCCGGCCCUCUCACUGGCCAAAGACAGCCUGGUUGGUGGCAUCACGAACCCCAGUGAGGUCUUCUGCUCCGUGCCAGGCCGGCUCUCGCUGCUCAGCUCAACGUCCAAGUACAAGGUGACCGUGGGGGAGGUCCAGCGGCGACUCUCACCUCCCGAGUGCCUCAAUGCUUCCCUGCUAGGCGGUGUCCUUCGCAGGGCCAAGUCCAAGAAUGGGGGCCGCUGUCUGCGGGAACGGCUGGAGAAGAUUGGGCUCAACCUGCCAGCUGGCCGUCGCAAGGCUGCCAAUGUGACACUUCUGACGUCGCUGGUGGAGGGAGAGGCCGUGCACCUGGCCCGAGACUUUGGCUACGUCUGCGAGACUGAGUUCCCAGCCAAGGCAGCUGCUGAGUACCUGUGCCGCCAGCAUGCGGACCCCGGGGAGCUUCACAGCCGCAAGAGCAUGCUGCUGGCUGCCAAGCAGAUCUGCAAGGAGUUUGCAGACUUGAUGGCUCAAGACCGCUCCCCAUUGGGCAACAGCCGCCCAGCACUCAUCCUGGAGCCUGGAGUACAGAGCUGCCUGACACACUUUAGCCUCAUCACCCAUGGCUUUGGUGGGCCCGCCAUCUGUGCUGCCCUUACAGCCUUCCAGAACUACUUGCUGGAGUCACUCAAGGGCCUGGACAAGAUGUUUCUAAGCGGUACGGGCAGUGGGCACGGUGACACCAAGGCUUCAGAGAAGGAUGCCAAGCACCGGAAGUAA